UCUAGAGAGAGAGAAACAGGGGUGGCAUUUGCUAGAGAGAGAGUCAGAGAGACGCAGAAAAGGCGGGUUAAUUUUUUAAUUCUUCUUUUUUUAAAAUAAAAUAAAAAUUGGUGACGGCCAUGAAAGUUCGCAGAGGAAGUUCUAACAACAAACUAACCUCCUUUUAUAUCACCAUUAAGAAUUAGAAAAUAAAAAAGAAAAAAAAAAUCAUUAUCGUCCUUCAUCUGCGCCCUUUUCUCAAAGCUCCAAAGCAACAAAACACGCACAAAAACCAAUUAAUCGAACCCGGCCACCGUCUCUCUCGAGAUAUCAAAAAUUAAUAUUCGUUGUGGAAAAACGAAGAAGAUCGAGUGAAGAUUCUGCGUUUCUCCAACAAUGCAUUUCUCCAAACUCGACGAUACGCCGAUGUUUCGGCAAGAGAUACAGUGCUUGGAAGAGAACGCCGAGUCAUUGCGAGGAAGAUGUUUAAAAUUUUACAAAGGAUGUCGAAAAUACACAGAAGGGCUUGGAGAGGGUUAUGAUGGCGACAUUGCCUUUGUAAAUGCCCUUGAAACUUUUGGAGGGGGGCAUAAUGAUCCUAUCUGUGUUGCUUUUGGAGGCCCAGUCAUGACAAAAUUCACCAUUGCUCUAAGAGAAAUUGGCACAUACAAGGAAGUUCUUCGCUCACAGAUAGAGCACAUGCUAAAUGAAAGGUUGCUUCAGUUUGUCAAUGAUGAUCUGCAAGAUGUCAAGGAUGCUCGGAAACGUUUUGACAAGGCUUCACUUAUAUAUGAUCAGGGACGAGAGAAGUUUCUUUCUUUAAGGAAAAGCACUAGGAUGGAUGUAGCUGCGGCCAUAGAGGAGGAAUUGCAUACUGCAAGAACCUCAUUUGAACAAGCCCGCUUCAAUCUGGUUAGUGCUCUUUCAAAAUUUGAAGCCAAAAAGAGGUUUGAAUUUUUGGAGGCUGUUAGUGGGACAAUGGAUGCUCACCUUCGUUUCUUCAAACAGGGAUAUGAACUCUUACAUCAGAUGGAACCUUUUAUAAACCAGGUCUUGGCUUAUGCACAACAGUCAAGGGAAUGCUCUAACUAUGAACAGGCAUCUCUAAGUGAAAGGAUGCAGGAACAUAUCAGGCAGAUUGAUCUCAAGAGUAAGCAGUCCUGCUAUGUUUGUCCUGCCACAGCAGAUGGUAUGCGACCUUUUGCAAGGGGUUCCCAGAAAGUUAUUGAGGCAGUUAUGCAAUCUGCCGCAAAGGGAAAGGUUCAAACCAUACGACAAGGUUAUCUUUCAAAACGUUCCUCAAACUUGAGGGGUGACUGGAAGAGAAGGUUUUUUGUUCUUGAUAGUCGAGGGAUGUUGUACUAUUAUCGUAAACCAUUUGCUUGGUCUUCUGCAGGUGGAAGUCAGUCUGUUAUACAAAGGAGUGGUCCCUCUGAAAGUGGUCCUGGGCUGCUGAGUCGAUGGCUUUCUUCUCACUACCAUGGUGGUGUACAUGAUGAAAAAAGUGUUGCACGUCACACUGUAAACUUGCUGACAGCAACAAUUAAGGUUGACGCAGAUCAGUCAGAUUUAAGGUUUUGUUUCAGAAUCAUCUCACCAACAAAAAUCUAUACAUUGCAGGCAGAGAAUGCACUGGACCAAAGGGAUUGGAUUGAAAAAAUAACUGGAGUAAUCGCUUCAUUAUUGAGUUUCCAAACACCUGAGAAGUGCCUCUCUGCUUACAACAUGGGAAGUGGUGAUAAUUGCUCUGCCAGUGAUUGUAGUUCACUAGGAGAUUCCUCUGAUGCUUAUCAGACAGCAGUUGGAGAACAUACAUCUCAGAAUCUCUCCUCUGGAAGUCAUUUAGAUAUAUCAAGAAGUUUGCAGCAUCAAGAGUAUUGCACAAAGAGUGAAAAGCCAAUUGAUAUCUUAAGAAGGGUAGCUGGGAAUGAUAAAUGUGUCGACUGUGGUGCACCUGAGCCAGACUGGGCAUCUUUAAACCUCGGUGUCCUUAUAUGCAUUGAAUGUUCUGGAGUUCAUCGUAAUCUUGGUGUACAUAUAUCAAAGAUAAGAUCACUGACACUUGAUGUUAAAGUGUGGGAACCAUCUGUUUUGGCUUUGUUUCAAUCAUUGGGCAAUAUCUAUGCAAACUCAAUCUGGGAGGAGUUGUUGCACACAAGAAGUACUAGAACUGCCAUGGCUGUGGGUUCUUCGAAGUCUGAUGUACGUAAACAGCUUCUCACAAUGAAACCUUGUUACAAUGAUCCGAUUUCAGUGAAGGAGUUGUUCAUUCAUGCAAAGUAUGCAGAAAAAGCUUUUGUUCCUAAGAAACAGGACAAUCAGCAUCUCCUUUCAGUGGCAGAAGAGGUGUGGGAAAGUGUCCGUGCUAAUGACCAAAAAGCUGUAUACCGCCACAUUGUUUGCUCUGGAGCAGAUGUCAAUGCUAUCCAUGGGCAAGCAUCAUAUUGUACAUCCUUAACUCUGACCAAAAGUAAUGUAAUGGGAAGACCAAGAAAUCCUUAUCACAACUUUGAUUGCUUUGCAGAUGACUCUCUGGAUCAGCCCUCCAGAUAUUUGAACUCAUUAAACAAAAGUGAAGAUCAGAUUGAAAAGGAGCGCUCUGAUGGUUGUUCUCUACUUCAUCUUGCCUGCCUGACCACUGACAUUGGCAUGGUGGAGCUUCUUCUUCAGUAUGGUGCAAACAUAAAUGCUUCUGAUUCAAGAGGUCGGACGCCGCUUCACCUUUGUAUUGUUAGCAGGAAAUCUUCAAUAGCAAAAUUGCUACUUACAAGGGGAGCAGACCCGCAUGCUGUAGAUGGAGAAGGUAACACGACGCUUCAGCUUGCAUCAGCGUCAGGCAUUGAUGAUAAUGAGGUCUUGGCACUCUUAACAAACACACACAGAUAGUACCUAAAAGAGACAGCAAAGGACUGAGAAUG